AUGCCUGAAAGUAAAAAAGUGAAAGCAAGAGGAGGACCAGCUGCAAAGGAUCAAGGCAAGUGGAGGCUGAGGAAGGCAGGCAGUCGAUCAGCCGUCCCAGCUCUCUUCACCAUCACUGAGGAAGAGGAGGGACACAGACGCAAGAAGGCCUGCAUCAGGAGGAAGAGAGUGGAUCCUGAUGCAGCCACAGACGGGUGCGAAGAGGAGGCAGCUGACCAAGCAGAGAACUGUCCUCUUCAUAUGUGUCCAAAUGCUUCAGUAAGCACCGCGUCAGUCACAGCUCUGGAGAACUGA